UCGAUCAAAUUAUCAUCAUAGCUUUCUAUAUUUUCAGUAUCAUGAAGGUCUCAGCAAUUCUUGUUCUGUUUGGUGCUUUCUUUGCCUGCCAAAGCUAUCGUAUAAAGGGAUAUGGAGGUGACUAUGAUGAUGGAUAUAAAGGUGACUAUGACGAUGGCUAUCGAGGUGGUUAUAAAGAUGGCUAUGGAGGUGGCAAAAAAGUUGGCUAUGCAGGUGGUUACGGAGAAGGGUAUAAAGGUGGCUAUGGAGGUGGCAUUGAAGGUGGCUAUGGGGGUGGAUAUGGUGGCAAAUAUGGAGGUGGCCAUGACGGCUACAAUGGCGGAAAAUAUGAUGAAUAUAAUAGAGGGUACGGAGGUGGGUAUGGCGGUGGCUACAAUGGCGGUUACGGCGGUUCAAAUGGCGGCUACGGUGUAGACGUUCACGGUGGUGGCUUGAAAAAAAUGCUGGGUCAUGAAGGAGGAAAUGGAGGUUACGGUGGUGGCCAUGGUGGUUUCGGUGGCGACUAUGGCGGAUACCAUGCAAAAGAAUACUAAAGAAAGACCCCUCAAUUCCAUUGAAUUCCAAUUCCAUUGGCACCAGUCCUG